GUUCUAUAUUUAAUCAAAUCUAUAAAUUAAAUUCAUAUCAUUUUUUUAAGGACCGUCGUUUGAAAGAAAAAGAAGCUCGUCGUACAGCUCGAGAAGCUAGACGUCGUCAACUGGAAGAAAGUGAAGAGGAAGAAGGCGAAGAAGAAAAAGAAAAAGAAAAAGAAACGAAUUCAAAUGAUGAAGAUCAAGAAUCUCCUGCAAAUGAAAAUAAUGAACAAUCAAGAUCAGAAAGAAAACGAAGUUUAUCACCUGUUGAAACAAAAAAGAAAAAGAGAAAACAACGUUCAUUGACAGAAUUCAUUAAUGAAGAUACUACUAAAACUAUUAAUGAUACCGAACAACUUGCUCUGUAUUUGUUAUCAAAAUAA